CCUGUGCAGAUACAGAAAUGCUUAUGCACUGACAUCAGCCAAGAUAAAGCACAGCCACUCUUGUUUUGAGGACACCUCUCCUGCCGGCAAGGUGAUACCCGGGGACGCUGUUUCCCUCCAUCCACGGGCUAUUUUUACGCUCAGAAAGCGCCUCUCUCACUGUUUCUUCUGGCUUUCUGCGGGGACUAUGAGGAGCGGGGCUGGAGUUUGAGCGACUCCGGCUUGUAAUUUAUCCAGAGAGUCAAAGCCCUCUGUGUUGAUCACCGCUCCUCGUGGUGGUGUCCUGCAGGCAGGAGGAGAAGAAGAAUAAAGAAGAGGUGUCAUUUCUCCUGCUGUUGGAUUGUUGUCGUUCUCCACCAGGAUGGUGUUGGACAAGGAGGAGAGUGUGUCUCUCGUGUCUCUCCAGUCCAGAGAGAAGCCGAGGGGCUGUGCCGGCUGCAACGGGAAGAUCCGGGACCGCUUCAUGCUGCAGGCACUGGACAGGUACUGGCACGAGGACUGUCUGAAGUGCGCCUGCUGUGACUGCCACCUGGGCCGGAUGGGCUCCACCCUCUACACCCGGGCCAACCUCAUCCUCUGCCGCAGGGACUACCUGAGGCUCUUCGGGGUGACGGGGAACUGUGCAGCCUGCAGUAAGAUGAUCCCUGCCUUUGAGAUGGUGAUGAGAGCCAGAGACAACGUCUACCAUUUAGACUGCUUCGCCUGUCAGCUCUGCCGCCAGAGAUUUUGCGUGGGAGACAAGUUUUUCCUCAAGAACAACAUGAUCCUGUGCCAGCUGGACUACGAAGGAGGCCAUCUUAAUGGCAGCGCUGAGAGGCAGCCUCAAUAAGAGAUCAGACCAGGACGACUGUGAGCCAGUUGGACUGUGAAACUCACAGCAGCUUCCCGUUUCAGACUGAACCAUGUGUGGAAAUAACACAUUUCCAACAGCCCAUGUUCGAACUUUCUACUCUGGCGCUGCACGGUAACUAUCCUGAAAACUGUUUCUGAUCAGACGGACCAGAGAUCGACCAAGAUGGAAUAAUCAGACUUUGAGGAAGAUAUUUUCCAGAGCACUUAUGGUUGUGCCCUCUUUUCUUUUUUGCAUUCAACAAAAAUAGAGUGAACUAGUGUUUGCAAAUAAUUUGUAGAGUCAGUUUCACCAAACCUGAAAUACUAGACGGACGGAGUGAAGCCAAUCAAGCCACACAUAGCAUCAACCAAGUCAUCCAUCAGAGAAAAAUACUAAGUUCCCAGUGAUUGUCAACUCGUCCUGGCAGUCAGUGAACUGUCUUUUUGUGGUGAGCCCCACCCAUCUGGCACGAGGGAAGUCCCAAAACAAACUGAAACCUAUUUGCAAAUACUGUUUGCUUCAACUCAACAACUGAGGAGGAUCAACUGUUUGUCUCUUCGCCUCUCGACCCUGAAGGCCUGAGUGGGGCCUCAAACCCGCCGUAGCUUUGUUUCCUCUCUGAUCUCAAGCUGUUUUUUUUCU